AAACCCAAAGCCUUAAAACAGAAAAACCCUGUCUUUCUUCCUCGAUAUUUUCCUCCGCCAAAAUAUACCCAUUAAAAUUCCCGCCGCCGUCGAGGUCGACAAAGAUACGCCGGCUUAGCCAUGGCUAAGCAAUCGACUCCCGGAGCUAAAACCAAGAAGAAAUCAAACAAAAAACACCACAAAAAAUCUGACCCAGAUGCCAUCUCCAUGAAGCUCAAGUCUCAAAAGCCUAACCCUUUCGAAACCAUCUGGUCACGUCGCAAGUUCGACAUACUCGGCAAGAAACGCAAAGGCGAAGAACGCCGCAUCGGCCUUGCACGUUCCCUCGCCAUUCAAAAGAGGAAGAAAACACUGUUGAAAGAGUAUGAGCAAAGCACAAAGUCUUCUGUUUUUGUUGAUAAGAGAAUUGGUGAACAAAAUGAUGACAUGGGAGAGUUUGAAAAGGGUAUCUUGAGGUCUCAACGUGAACGUCAGUUGAAAUUGCGAAAAAGGAGCAAGUUCAAUUUAUCAGAUGGAGAAGAAGAUGAGUUUGAUGCUCCGGAUUUUGGUUCCCUUCCAGAGAGGGAUGAUUUUGAGGAUGAAAUGCUGUCCGAUGACGAUAAUUAUGCUGAUGAAAAGCGGUCAACGGUCUUAAAGCACCUUAAUUCUCACAGUGCCAAGGAUCCCUUGGAAGGGGAUUUGAUAGAAGGAGAAGAAAAUAAGCACAAAUCCAAGAAGGAAAUAAUGGAAGAGGUUAUUUUGAAGAGCAAGUUUUUCAAGGCACAAAAAGCUAGAGAUAAAGAAGAAAACGAGCAACUGAUGGAUGAAUUAGAUAAGAGCUUCUCAUCUUUAGUGCAGUCCCAAGCCUUAUUGUCUCUCACUGAGCCAGGCAAAAUGAAUGCCUUGAAAGCUCUCGUGAACAAGAGUAUUCCGGAUGAGCAUGUGAAAAAGGAAGAGUUAGCCGUUACGCAGAAAGCUGUAACUAAUAAUCAGGAACAACCUGAUUCCUAUGAUAAACUUGUCCAUGAGAUGGUAUUGGAUAUGCGUGCUCGGCCAUCUGACAGGACAAAGACACCCGAAGAGAUUGCCCAAGAGGAAAGGGAGCGACUCGAGCGAUUAGAGGAGGAGCGUCAAAAGAGGAUGUUAGCAACGGAUUAUUCUAGUGAUGAAGAUGGUGAAAAUGCGGAGAAAGAUUAUGCUCAGAGGCCAAGGGCUAUCUCGGGAGAUGAUCUUGGUGACUCCUUUGCACUUGAUGAUGAGCCUGGUAAUAAAAAGGGUUGGGUUGAUGAGAUUCUUGAAAGAAAAGAUGCUAUUGAUUCCGAGGAUGAUGAAGAGGAUGAUUCUGAAGAUUUGGGAAGUGCUGAAGAUACUGAUGAAGAUGAAGAAUCUGAAGAAGAAGAAGAAGAUGAUGAAAAUGAAUCUGAAAAGACUCUCUCUUUGAAGGACUGGGAGCAGAGCGAUGAUGACAAUGUUGGUACAGAUUUGGAAGAGGAUGAGGAGACCGAUGAACAUGAUGAGGCCAUUGGUGAUGAAGAUGUGGAUAAAAAAAGCCGUAACAAAACAAACAAAACUGAACUUAAGAAAUGUGUAGAGUCUGUGGAUGCAAAAAAACCAAAAGCAAGUGGCAAACAUACUUCAACAAAGUUGGACAUUCCGUUUAUAAUCGAAGCUCCAAAGAACCUAGAGGAACUGUCUUCCUUAUUGGAGAAUCGUUCUAAUGAUGAUGUUAUUGUGAUUAUCAACCGAAUUCGGGCAAGCAAUGCAAUUAAGCUUGCUGCAGAAAAUCGGAAGAAAAUGCAAGUAUUUUAUGGUGUUCUUUUGCAAUAUUUUGCCGUGUUAGCAAAUAAAAAGCCCUUGAAUUUUGAGUUAUCGAAUAAGCUUGUCAAGCCAAUAAUGGAGAUGAGUACGGAGAUCCCAUUUUUCUCCGCAAUAUGUGCUCGUGAGCGAAUCUUACGAACUCGCGUACAAUUUUGUGAGGCUCUCAAGAACCAUGAAAAUGGAUGCUGGCCUACCUUGAAAACGUUGUUUCUCCUGAGGUUAUGGUCCAUGAUUUUUCCAUGCUCUGAUUAUCGUCAUGUAGUAACAACUCCAGCACUAUUGUUAAUGUGCGAGUAUCUGAUGCGUCGUCCCAUUAUGUCGGGUCGAGAUGUCGCUAUUGGUUCGUUUUUAUGUUCCAUGAUUCUCAUGUUCAUGAAGCAAUCUCGGAAGUUUUGUCCUGAAGCUAUUAUGUUCCUCCGAACUCUGUUGAUGGCAGCUACAGAACACAAACUAGCAUCCGAGCAAGAUUCACAGUUCUAUCAUUUUAUGGAACUGAAAGCACUCAGGCCCUUAUUAUGCAUACAUGAUGGCGUGGAUGAAAUUAAUCCUCUGAAUUUCCUCAUGGUAAUGGAAAUGUCAGAUGACUCGUCGUUUUUCCGCUCGGAUAAUUUCAGGGCUAGUGCACUGCUAACUGUGAUUGAAACUUUGCAAGGAUUUAUUGAGAUCUAUGACGGGUUGAACUCCUUUCCUGAAAUUUUCUUACCGAUUGCAACAUUAUUAGUUGAAGUUUCGGAGCAGAAACACAUGCCGAAGGCACUGAAAGAUAAGUUCAACAAUGUUUCUCAACUCAUUAAGAAGAAAGCUGACGAAACUCAUACGCUGCGGAGACCACUUCAGCUACGCAAGCAGAAGCCGGCUCCUAUCAAAUUACUUAAUCCAAAAUUUGAAGAGAACUUUGUUAAAGGCAGAGACUACGAUCCAGAUCGAGAACGAGCCGAGAGAAGAAAGCUACAAAAACUAAUAAAACGCGAAGCCAAAGGCGCGGCUCGAGAGUUACGUAAAGACAAUUAUUUCUUAUACGAGGCGAAGCAAAGAGAUAGGGAAUUAGUGGAAAAGGAAAGAGCAGCUAACUAUGGAAGGGCGAUAGCAUUUUUGCAAGAACAAGAACAUGCCUUUAAAUCUGGACAAUUAGGUAAAGGCAGUAAGAAGAGAAGGAGAUGAAAGCUAUAUAGGUAAAUUUCUAAUGCAAAGCUCCUUGAAUUAGCUCAUCAAAUUUAAUAGAUGUUUUGACAUAGAAUUUUGAGAUUCUUGAUUGUUUUUUAGUGGAUUGGCAUGCAAUCAACUAGCCUAGCAAUUUUUGUGUAUUUCAUCACGUGUUCCUAUUGUUUCUCGUGUCGUAAUCAUAUUUAAGAUUUCGAAA